CGCUGUUAGUUGUUGUUUGGGGGGGAAAUAUGGACGAAGUUUACUGUGCUUCGAAAGAGUUUUGCCCACGUUGUGGUACAAUUCUUCCUUUCCCUAUUAAAGGAAGUGUUAUGAUAUCAUGUAGAAAUUGUUCAUACCAGACAGAUGCAAGAGAGGAAUUCAAAAAUGUUGUAUAUCACACCCAUAUUCAAGUUAACACCCGGAAGAACAGGACAACAACAGUUUCAAAUGAGGAAACGAAGAAAGACUAUGGAACACUGAUUGAAAGGCCGUGUGUAAAAUGUGGUCACGACAAACUGCACUUUCACACCCGACAAACAAGGUCAGCUGAUGAAGGUCAAACCGUGUUCUAUUAUUGUCCAGAAUGCAAACAUCAAGAAAUCGAAUACAGUUGAAAAGUGUUUGUUAUCUAUGUUGUUUGGCCAAUGAGGUUUCAUGCUGGUUCACACUCGGUGGUCAUGGGAACAGACAUGCUGAUGGUAAAUGUGUUUGGCUCGAUGCAGAAAGACUGGCACGGCUAUGUUCUGUGAUGAACAGUGCCAGCCCGUCAACAUAGCCACAUGAAGCUGCAGUAAGGCAACUACUGUAAAAAAUGGGCCUACUAAAAACAGAGACUCCACUCACCAAGCAUACCAAAUGACGAUCUCUUCACUCGUCAAGCCUUAUCUUUACUGUCUCUUCGUCACCAAGUUGCCAUGUUGCAUUACUGUUUGAUGCAAUUUUAGAGCUUCAUAGGAUUUUACAAUGAGUUUGCUUUUACUAUAUUGCCUGGGGUAAUUUAGGGGGACCAGGAUGGCCCCGGCCCCUCUUUUGGAAGGUAAAAAAGAAAGAAAAAAUCGAUCGCCCAAAAUUCCUCAGAGGUUUUUUUUUUCGGGAAUCUAGAAUACAAACAUUUUUUGCGGGGAAAUGCCCCUGACCCCCUGUGGUUGUAUUAUCUUGAUUGGCCCCACUUUUGGGGGUAGCCCCUUUUAUGACAUCUCUGGAUCCUGCUAUAUUCUCUAGUUCUUGUCCGAUGAAAAAGUAUGCAUUAAAUUUAUAUAAAUGUACUUGUAAACAUUAGUAGAACCAUGGUUAAAAAAAGCAAGAAAACACCAUUACAUCUUUUAGAAAUCAUACUUUAUUCUCUCAGGUACCAUGCUUCCAAUAAUGAUGUUUUUUCAAA